GCUGUGCCGGUUCCCUCACUCCGCAUCGCGGCUUCGGCUCGGCAGACGGGCCUGUAUUUACUGUGGCGCACCGUGGUCGCGCGUACCUCGUUUUCUAGCGUCGGGUCGGAUCGGGUCUCGUCGAGUUCUCCGUCACACGGGGCACAUGCGCCAUGAAACGGGCCUGAUGCGCGUCCGGUCGUUCUUUACGAAGCGGUACGAACUGAGAUCGAUCCUCGUGUUCUGUCGCUACUCCAAGGACAGACACCUCAACAGUGCUAUUUGAGUGCAGGUGCGCGGACUAGCCGGGUGUUGCUUGUUCCGAUCGUCCGACUACCUUAGAGUGCAUGGUGAUAGCAGUUCCAACCGGCUCCGACGAUGGGACCAGGAAUUUCGCGACUGGAUUCUGUAUCCCGGACUGUGCCCGAUCCAUUUCGAUGAACCCUGUCCGUUCUGUCAGUGAUUGUGCAGUGAGGGGUGUACUUUGUUUCGGAGCAGCGUGACAUUGACAGGGGUUUCGGUACCGUUCCACGCAGGGAGGAAGUAACUUGGAGCCUUUGGAGUGGCUGUUUCUUUUUUUUUUUUUCUUUUAGCGUAAUGUGCCCGCGAGGGCGCCGGUCACCCUGGUGCCGGACAACGAUCGCUAUUACCGGUAUCCUCGCGACAGAGUAGACCGAGGGAAAAAAGGUAGACGGGAAAGGGAGUUGCUAGUGACGUUGUUGAGUGCGGAAAAGUUGUCGGGUCGAGGAGACUGCGAGAGAGGGUCGAGCGAGCCGCUUAGUGGUGGAGCAGGAAGAAGAGGAGGCAGAAGAAGAGAACCUGCGCAGCGGACGCCAUCUCCGCGUUAUCGGCAAGCGGAUCCCCCGGGACUCCCCCCCAAGCAGCUUCGGCGUCGCGCACCCUCGGCGGGAACUACCCCGCGACAGCAGCCACCCUGAUGGGAGUGUAUGAGGAGCGCGCCCCUCCUACUACCGGCAUGCACUGGUCGAUUGAAUGUUUGUUCCAGCAGCCGGCCAGCUCGCAGGAUCGUGGCAGCGGCUUGGCUGUGGGGCGUCAAGGGGGGCCCGGCAGCGCGGGGGGGCCCGGAGCAGUGGACCAGGCGAGGGACCUAAGUCCCUGCCUCCCCGCGUCUAUGGGUGACGCUGCACGACCCACCACCUUACCGUGUAGUCCUCCUGCCGCCCACCAUCACGGGCCCCAUCAUACGCCCCUGCACCAGACCCACUGUGGCACUAACAACAACUGCUACGACGGACCCACCACCCCCUACGACUCCAGGGACUACGAUUCUCCUGGAGGUGGACAUGAGUACAGGAACAACAACAACAACAACAGCAAUUUCGAGAACCCAAGCGACCUGAGCAUGCCGCCGCAAACGACCCACCAUCACCAUCACCAUCAUCACCAUCAUCACUCCCACCUGCAUCCGCAGACUCAUUCGCAAGAACAACAAACCACGGAACACUUGCACGCCAUUCCUAAACUGGAACCACCACCCACCCCUCCGGCACAGUCCGAGGAUGUUCCUGGAGUGGUGUGCGCCGGAUGUGGCCUCCGGAUAUCCGACAGGUUUUACCUGCAAGCUGUGGACAGGAGGUGGCAUGCGGCGUGUCUUCAGUGCUCCCACUGUCGUCAGGGUUUAGACGGUGAAGUGACUUGCUUCAGCAGGGACGGAAAUAUUUACUGCAAGAAGGACUACUAUCGAAUGUUCGGCAGCAUGAAACGAUGUGCCCGAUGUCAAGCGGCGAUCUUAGCCUCCGAGCUGGUGAUGCGAGCCAGAGACCUGGUCUUCCAUGUCCGUUGCUUCUCCUGCGCGGCCUGUGCCGUUCCGUUGACCAAAGGCGACCAUUUUGGCAUGAGGGACGGCGCGGUGCUCUGUCGAUUGCACUACGAAAUGGGCGCGGAGUUACAUCCAUCCCAAAGUCCACCUGUUCCGGUUUAUCCGCCAGGUCCCCAUUAUCCUGGUCAACCGUUUCCCUCGCCGGAAUUCCUUCAUCAUCAUCAUCAUCACCCCACGCAUCCCCCUCAUCCCCAUCACUCGAUGCAUCCGCAACAUCCUCACAGUCACGUGAGCCCCGUACCGCUUCAACCGUCGACGCCGUCGGUACCCGACGCCGGUUCACCCCCCAAAGUACCGUACUUCAAUGGCGCCGCAGUCGUGCCGCCGCCCAGACAAAAGGGCAGGCCUAGAAAGAGGAAGCCUAAGGACCUGGAGGCUAUGACCGCGAAUAUAGAUUUGAACGCGGACUACAUAGAUAUGCCGUUUGGUAGAGGGGGGCCAGCGACUCCCGGCAUACCUGGAUCCAACAGCAGAACAAAACGAAUGAGAACGAGUUUCAAACAUCACCAGUUAAGGACGAUGAAGAGUUACUUCGCGAUCAAUCACAAUCCGGACGCGAAGGAUCUGAAGCAACUUUCCCAGAAAACUGGCUUGCCAAAAAGGGUGCUACAGGUCUGGUUCCAGAACGCCCGCGCAAAAUGGCGGCGCAUGGUGUUGAAGCAGGAGGGGAAAUCGGACAAGUGCGACGGCAGCGUGGACGGCGGUUCCCUUGGCGACCUUGAGCUUUAUGGGAACAGCACCGGAAGCGGUGGUCCACCGAUGAGCCCUCCAUUCAUGUUGGGCGGACCGCACAGUCCUGCAUCCUUGGCGUCCUUGGACUGCGCGUGAUCCCUGAACUUCCGUUUCCGGGCCAGAACGAUCGAGUGAAUUCGCUGAGAGACACGCCGCGAAAACGGGAACCGCGACACGAUGAACUGUUCGAAUCCGGUGAAUCCGCGUUUCAACGUUCCUCUCGAAAAAGGUGGGUCGCGUAGCUGUGAUUAAUUUCAAAUCGCAGAAGUAGCGUCGUCGCGAACAGCGACGAAACGUUUUCUUCGCGAGCCUUCGGUUGUUUCACGACGAGAGCCUCGGUUCCUGAAGUGAGGCCUUUCAUCGUCGGCAAAGCUCGUCGACCGCGUCGGGUUUCGUCGCGACAAGCACCCAGUGCUAAACGAUCAAAGGUGAAAAGUGUUCUUCGUAUCGAUCGCGGCGAAGAGUGGAUGUACCAUAACGGAUGAUUAGUUGAAAGAAUAGGAAUCGUUGUAUUUAUUGUAAGCGACACACGAUGAAGACGGUACUUUGAUGAUACAUCAACCACACACGUACACGUACACGUACACACACACACACAGGAACGAGAGAAGAUGACAGGGUGCUCCGAUGUCGCCCAUCACGAAUGCGUUUGUAAUUAGUUGUCGAUGUCUAUUUAUUGGUUAUAAGCGUUCUGAGGUAAGCCUAGCUAAGGGUUACAAACUUUACCAGUGCUGUGUGAAAAUCCAACGUUUCAGGUCGAUUGGGCCGAGGGGAAUAUAAAUCCUUAUCAUCGUGGAUGCAACUUAAGUUUCUCUUAGUUAAAAACAAGCGUAGAGGAAGAAGUGUUCCGUCACUCGACUCGUUUAUCCAUGCUUUUUAUUUGUAAAAACAUGAAGUUCCAAGAGCUCAGACAAACGAUGGGCUCCUGCCUCUACGCUCACCCUUAAUCAGGAGAAGCCUACGUUAUAGCCGAAUGAAAUAACACGCGGAUGAUUAUUGUCGUCGGACGAAUUGGAUGACGAAAAAUCGUAUCGAGAGUCUCGACACGAUUCGAUUAAUUUGAUUGCCAGCGUGUCUCAACGAGCUGGUGGUACGUGCGUGUUCGAGUGUCGCGUUCGUCAACGAAGAGUCAUUGAAAUCGUUAAUGAAAAAAGUGGAUACUUUAACGGUGUUUCGUAUCGCGCGAAACGUUGGGUUUUAACGUCGAGUUAAAUAUAUGAAUAUAAAUAUAUAAAUAAAUAAAUAUAUAUAUAUAUAUUAUUUAUAAAUAAAUUCGGGCGCGUCGAUCGCGAAAAGGACGUGUAAUUAUUAUUAAUUAUUGCUCAAUGAAAGAAACGAGAAAUCGGAUUGAAGAGGAUAGAAGAUGACAAGUGAUAGGCUCGAAUCGCGCCCGAAAGCGAAUCCUUGACGUAAUUUCACGUACUUGUUUGUAAAUAAAGGACGUUCCUCGAGUUUCUUAAGGCACCGCUAUAGGUUGUAGGGAUUCUAAUUGCAUUCGGUAGCGGUUCUGUUAGGCAAGGUAAUAAUGAUGAUGAUGAUGACGACGAUUAUUAUUAUUAUUAUCACUCCUAUUAUCGAUAUCCUUGUAACGAACGGAACGGAUUGUCUAAUUUUACAAGAUGAUUUUUUCAUUGAAUAUAUUUUGACAAUAUACACGCUGCCUCUGUC